AUGGUCGUUCUCGCAGCAUCGAUAUGUACUCGCGGAGGCAAAGCGGUCCUCUCGCGUCAGUUCCGCGAAAUUUCUCGGUCUCGAAUUGAAGCCCUUCUUGCUGCAUUCCCUAAACUUGCGGAUUCGGGAACUCAACACACCACUGUCGAGCAAGACAACGUGCGCUUCGUGUACCAGCCAUUGGAUGAGUUGUACAUCGUCCUGAUCACCAACCGUCAAUCCAACAUUCUUCAGGAUAUCGACAGUCUGCACCUCUUUGCUCAAGUUACUACCAGCAUUUGCAAGAGCCUCGAUGAGCGUGAAAUCGUGCGCAAUGCAUUCGAGCUACUGAGCGCAUUCGAUGAGUUGGUCACAUUGGGUUACCGGGAGAACUUGUCCUUGGCCCAGAUUAAGACCUUCUUGGAGAUGGAGAGUCAUGAAGAGAGAAUCCAAGAGAUCAUUGAGCGAAACAAAGAAUUGGAGGCUAGCGAAGAGCGGAAGCGGAAAGCCAAGCAGUUGGAGAUGCAGCGCAAGGAGGCUGCUCGUUCAGGCCGUAGUGCUGCUCCCCGAGCUCCGAAUUACCCUGUUUACACACCACCUUCCCGUCCAUCAGUGCCGGAUACCUAUGAUUCUUAUGAAGCGGAGAAGAAGAAGACAUUCGCGAAGCCUCUCCCCACCCGUGGCAAGGGUAUGCAACUUGGCAAGAAGUCCAAGGCAACCGAUAUCUACGAGAAGGUCCGUGGUGACUAUGGCCCCGAGGCCGAGGAGGAGAGCCCUCUGGUCACUCCCCAAGUGUCUACACCAGUACAAGAGCCUGUCUCUGCCCGCGAGUCCCUGACAGCGGACCGUGAGCCUAUCCAUGUAACCAUUGCCGAAACCAUUUCUGCAACCCUCACCCGCGAAGGUUCCUUGAAGUCGUUUGAAGUCAAGGGUGACCUUCAGCUGCGAAUUAGCGAUCCGUCUUUCACAAAACUGCGUCUCGAUUUACACGCCAACCAAACCCAGGGUGCCCAGUUCCGAACCCACCCCAAUGUGGACAAGGCCCUCUUCACUAGCUCUUCUGCCAUCCAGCUCAAGGACACCACAAAGCGAUUCCCGACAAAUAAUGCCAUUGGUGUUUUGCGGUGGCGUGUCGCUAGCUCGGCUGAUAAUGCCGAUAUUCUGCCCAUCACAUUCACCGUGUGGGUUAACAAGGGCUCUGACUCGACCACCGUCACAGUCGAGUACGAGCUGACCGGCAGUGAUAGUCUUCGGGAUGUCGUUGUUACCAUUCCUUAUGGUUCUUCAGAGCCUUCUGUUUCCAGCUUCGAUGCUGUGUAUGAAGUUUCGGGUGACAGCCUGGACUGGAACCUCGGUGCUGUUGAUGAGUCGAACCCCUCCGGCAGUUUCGAAUUUGAGACUACCGACGGUGAUGAGGAUCAGUUCUUCCCUAUGAGUGUCAGAUUUACUAAGACACAGCCAUUUGUGGAUGUCGAUGUUACUGAUGUCUCACUCUUGGAGAUGGAAGGCGAGAGCACCGGCUUUUCCAAGGAUGUCCGUAGCGUUGCAGAGAACUUCCUAAUUGAGUAG